UAAGUUGCCCAUUUCAUCAAAACUCCCCACUCGCCCGGGUCGUGCGUUUGUGCGCCACCAAUCCACUACCACGGUUUUCUAUUCUUAUCUCUCCCCAUCCACCACCGGCGAGCAGCUCCGGCGCGCCAGAUUCCGGCGACCCUUUAGAUAUCUUGCCGGAAAAUCCGUUAGAUCUCUCAUACAUUCCACAUUAUCAUUCAUAUCAUCCCACCAUUUUUUUCCAUCCCAGAAAAGAGAAGAAGAAGAAAAUUUCAUUUCAAUCAAGGGUUUUUUUUUUCUCUUCCUCUGAUCGCUAAAGAUCGAAACUUUGGCUCAAAUUGUUUCUGUAAAUGUGGGUGAAAGAUUGGAUUUUUACUGCUAUUUAGCUGUAAAAGAUGUCCUGUCGAAGCUGUAUGACGAAUAAAUUUUGAUGCUAUAAUUUUACGGCAUAUUUAUAUUCAUUUAUCGUGUAAAUUAAGAUCAGGGAUUUUUUUUUUCAUUCACAGAUUAAACGUAAUAGUUUCUGCAGAAUUUAAUGAGAAGUUGUUGAUUUUUUUGAAGAAAAGGGGAGGCGGGGAUUUUUGAUGUAUGGGGGAUAUGUGCAGAAUAGAGGAAGAGAAGAGUGAGGAGAGUGUUUGGAGGAGGAGGAAGAACUGGGGUUUAAGGGGGCUAGGGUUAGGGUUAGGAUUAGGUGGGGUGAUGGGGUUGAAAGGUGGAAAUAUUAUUCAACAUAGUAGAGUAGAGAAGUUUAAAAAUUCCAUGGUUUCGCGGUCGAAAAUGAAGCUAUGGAUGAUAAGGGCUACUACAUCUGUGAUGUUGUGGAUUUGCUUGGUUCAGUUAACGGCAUUGGGUGAAAGUUUUGGUCCUAGAGUUUUGAAGGGAUGGCCAUCUUGCUUUUCUCAGGAUUCUGGUUCUGGUUCUUCUGCCACUGUUACUGGUUCUGCUUCCGCUUUGGAUGUUAAAUCUGCCCCUGAAGAUGUCCCUGCUCGAGUUCUUCCUCCCAAGAGAGUUUACAAGAACAAUGGUUAUCUGAUGGUUUCAUGCAACGGAGGCCUUAACCAAAUGCGGGCGGCGAUAUGUGACAUGGUAGCAAUUGCCAGACAUUUGAAUGUGACGCUUAUAGUUCCUGAGUUGGAUAAAGCUUCUUUCUGGGCAGAUCCAAGUGAGUUUCAAGACAUAUUUGACGUUGAUCAUUUUAUUACAUCCUUGAGAGAUGAAGUUCGGAUAUUGAAAGAGCUACCCCCUAGGCUCAAGGAGAGAGUGGAGAGAGGGUUAUUUUAUACUAUGCCGCCUAUUAGUUGGUCUGAUAUAUCUUACUAUGAAAAUCAGAUUCUUCCUCUUAUACGCAAAUACAAAGUUGUGCACCUAAAUAGAACUGACACUCGACUUGCAAACAAUGGCCAGCCCUUGGAGCUUCAGAAGCUACGUUGUCGAGUCAAUUUUAGUGCUCUCAAAUUUACACCUCAGAUAGAAGAGUUGGGUAGAAAGGUCAUCAAACUCCUUCGUCGAAAGGGGCCUUUCAUAGUACUUCAUCUCAGAUAUGAAAUGGACAUGCUGGCUUUUUCAGGCUGCACUCAGGGGUGCAACCAGGAGGAGGUGGAUGAGUUGACAAGAAUGAGAUAUGCUUAUCCCUGGUGGAAGGAGAAAAUUAUAAACUCCGAUUUGAAAAGAAAAGAUGGCCUGUGUCCCUUGACACCUGAGGAAACUGCUCUUACCCUGAGGGCCUUGGACAUUGAUCAUAACAUCCAAAUUUACAUUGCUGCUGGAGAAAUAUAUGGUGGAGAGAGGAGAUUGGCUAGUCUUGCAGCAGCUUAUCCAAAUUUGGUCAGAAAGGAGACACUGUUGGAUCCUUCGGAUCUUAGAUUCUUCCAGAAUCAUUCAUCUCAGAUGGCAGCACUAGACUAUCUUGUUUCUCUUGAAAGUGAUAUAUUUGUUCCAACAUAUGAUGGAAACAUGGCAAAAGUUGUUGAAGGCCACCGCAGAUAUCUCGAAUACAAGAAGACAAUACUGUUGGACAGAAAGCUUCUAGUUGAUUUGAUAGACCAGUACAAUAUGGGAUCGCUAACAUGGGAUGAGUUCUCUGCUGCUGUUAAGGAAUCCCAUUCUGAGAGAAUGGGCAAUCCUGUCAAAAGGGUAGUGAUUCCAGAUAGACCUAAAGAAGAGGAUUACUUCUACGCAAACCCAUGGGAGUGUUUGCAGCAACCAAAAGAAGAUGAUCUGUUAAGUAACAUGUGACCCGUAUUUUGGCAGCAGCAUGUGAUUUCAUUCUUGCUAAGCAGAUCUUCAACGAAGUUCUCCAGAGCUAAAAGUUUGAGGAGAAUUUUGUUUGAAAGGAGGCAUAUUGAAGUUUAUAGGGGAGAAUGGACUUGAGCAAAGUCUCGAGAGAUUGUCUCAGGAACGGAAGGUGCCAGAGUACUUAGUAUUUUAUAUAGAGUCUAAUAAUCCAACUCCAUGUAUAGAAGUCACCCUGCCAUUACAGGGUGUUUACGUCAAAUCAGCUGCAGUGUACACAAGAGGGAAUGCAAAUAUAGAUUUGUUUUAUUGGAAACCACGGUUUUGCCAAAGGUUAGCUUUGAACAUCAUAUUUCUUUUAUUUAUUCUUCUUUUUCUAAAAUUGUCUACAACCCUCAUUUAUACUUGAAAAAUCUAUAAAAGCAGCUUUUAAA